AUGGCAACAAACAACCCCAAACGCCACACGAGGACCUGGGCACUGUCAUCCCCCGAUCCCCCGGGGGAGAACCGAAACGCCGCCGACCACCACCAACACCAACAACAUCAGGGAUCAUGGAAGAGCCGGGAUUGGAGUCCUCCUACCCAAGUCGAGCCCAGCUCUGCGCCGCGUCCUUCGUUCGUGGCGGAAUCGGAGCCGCCCCUUCCCCAAAGGGGCCCCGAACAUCGCCCCAAGACCCCCUCGCCAGACAAACCCCUCACCAGAAGGUCAGGGCACAUAGGCCCCCCCACAACAACAACAACCGCAAACAACAACCCAACACCCACACCCACAACCCCCCCCUUCCCCGCUUCCCCCUCCCUCCCCCUCACCACCCCCCUCACCCUGCACUCCCCACCCCCACCGACCAGCGACACCCCCCUACACCCCGAAGACCUGAUAACCGACGUCCUCGCGCGCCUGGCCUCCUCCCUCAACCUCGCCCAACGCUUCCAGCCCACCUCCCAAACCCGGCCCCUCCGCCCCUUCGAGCGCGGCUACUGGCUCGUGGACUGCCGCGGGUGGGACGCGGCGCUGAAGCGCUCCGCGUGGGGGUUCCUGGCGUCGUACCUGGCCAAGGGCGCCGCGGGGUGGGGGACGUCGUGCACGCGGGACGCAGGGUUUGCGUGGUUGAGGGUGUAUUGUUGGGGGGGCGUGGUCGGGCAUAUGUAUCUGGUGCUGUAUUUGAUGAGUCGGAGGAGGGUGCUGGAGACGGGGGCCGAGUGGGUCGGGGCCGAGGGGACGGCCGUCGUGGUUGUGGCGGCGAGGGCGGCGAAGGCGCCGGCGGCAGAGGGGAGGUGGGAGGUGGGAGGUGGGAGUUGA